AAAGCAACAGCAGCAGCAGCUGGCUUUUGCGAAUUUGUUGAGAAGUUAUGAAUUAAGAAGUUAAGCAGGCUUUGUAUGCUAUCUCUCUUGACAAUCACAAACACCACCUUCUGAUAUACACCUUUUCACCCACUUUCACCACACUACAAUACACAUCAAUAUGGCAGACACAGAAAAGCGGGAUGUUCUAUCCGAACCUGGAGCUGAAGCAGAGGCUGACCCACACUUCGAACCAGUGAUCAAACUUGAACAACAAGUCGAAACAAAAACACACGAAGAAGAUGAAGAAGUUUCAUUCAAAAUGCGUGCAAAAUUGUUCCGAUUCGAUAAAGAAGCAAAAGAAUGGAAAGAACGUGGAACAGGAGACGUACGUCUUUUACAACAUAAAUCUCAUGGAAAAGUUCGAUUGGUUAUGAGACGUGAUAAAACACUCAAAGUAUGCGCAAAUCAUUACAUUACCUCUGAUAUGAAAUUGGCCCCAAACGUUGGCUCUGAUCGUUCUUGGGUUUACAAUGUGGCAGCAGACGUUACCGAUGGAGAAGUAAGUGCUGAAACACUUGCAAUCCGUUUUGCCAACUCAGACAACGCAAACGAAUUCAAGAAAUCAUUCGAAGAAGCACAAACAAAGAAUGCUUCUGCCAAAGGUGGCGCAGUAGCAGAGACUGAAGCUCCUCCUACUUCCGGAGGUGCAACCGAAGACGCUGCAGAAAAGAAGGAAGAGAGCAAAACAGAGACAAAGGAAGAGGAGAAGAAAGCAGAUGAUGAAAAGAAAGAAGAAUCAAAAGAAGAGUCAAAGUAGAUUGUUCAAUGGCAACCUGCUCGAGAUGAUAUGCCCUGUAUAUAGUCAUUCUAUCUGUAUGUGGACUCACUGGAGAUCGUCCCCAAAACAGGCUUGACGAUACAGAUAGAGUUGUCAUAUCUUUCUCUAGAUACCAUAUAGCAAUUGAUCAUGUUCUUCAGCUGCAUAUAGGGAAAAAGCAAAACACAAAUGCAUACAUUGAUAAAGAAAAGAUAGAGAUACUUAUACAGAAAAUGAGAAGCUAGGGCAUUAGAUUCUGGUAAUAUCGACUCGUGUGCGAUCAUACAAUGCAUUUUGCCAUCUUGUACCCUCCGUAUCGGCUUCUGAGUCUUGCUGGAUGACGUUUUGCAAAUCUUGUUUAGGCAUAGGCUUGACUUGCAAACAAGCAAACGAACCUUUUCCGUCAUUAUUGCCUUUUGCCGUCAAACCUGGAUUGACAACCACGGUUCCGUCGACGAUCU